UCCUUCACUCUAGCUUAACUAUUUCUCCAACACCUUGAAAACAACAACAAACAACUAGAAGGGUUAAUUAGCUAUUUUCUCUCUUCCAAGACAAAACAAAACCACCAAACUCAAAAACCCAACUCAUUUCUUCCACUUCCAACACCUCCUCCUCCUCACAUUCAUGGCACACCGCUCCUCUCAACGGCGGAACUUGGCACCACCAGAACCCAAUCCGCCGCCUGCUCCGGCGAACCACCCAAAACCCACCAUCUUCUCAGCCUCACCUUCACACCACCACUACCCAAAACCAAACCCAGAUCUCAUCCAUGCCUCUAAAUCCUCUUUCUUAGUAAAACCCUUCUCCAGCUUAAACUUGAGUCGCAAUCACCGCAAACAAUCGCAAACCAAACACUCUUCUUCUUCUCUCGUCGACACCCUUUCUCAGACCAAGUCCAUGACCUCCUCCGCCAUAGUUGAAUCCUCCAAAUACUCACUCCCCAAACCGAACACUACCCACAACACAGUUCUCGCACAGAAGGACCAUGUGAAGAAGACCCACAAGGAGAAACCGAGUUUGAUGAAGAAUGAGAAGAAGGAUUCAAUUGACAGGUGUGUUCUGGUUGAGGAUGUUAAGAAGAAGAUUGAGAAAUCGAAACAUGAUGUUGUGGAGAGAGUUUCGGUUUCUCUGGGUAAGAGUGGGGGAAGGAGAAGAUCGUUCUGUGGGUCGCAGGUUGAUUUGGGUGAUGUGUUUGCAAUCAAUGGGGCGAAAAUGGUUUCAGCUGAUAUGCCACCGUUUAUGCAGAUCCAUGCUGUGGAUUGUGCCAGAAAAGCUAUUGAUAGUAUGGAGAAGUUCACAUCCAAGACCCUUGCAUUAUCACUCAAGAAGGAAUUUGAUGGGGUGUAUGGGCCAGCAUGGCACUGUAUUGUGGGGACAAGUUUUGGGUCUUUUGUGACCCAUUCCGUUGGAGGGUUUCUAUAUUUCUCCAUGGAUCAAAAGUUAUACAUCCUCUUAUUCAAGACCACUGUACAAAAAGCAGAUUGAUUGAGAAGGAGGUGAAUGAUUUCUGCUGCUGUAAUCAGAAGAAUUUUGGUAUAGAUUUUUCUUAGAAAGACAAAGCUUAGUCCUCUGUAUAUUGCUUCUGCUUCCAAAAUGUCUCUGUUUCUGUCUAAUUCUGAUCUUCCAGCUCCUAAUUGGGUUGAUGGUGUUAAUGCAAUGUAACUAACGGAGUUAAUUAAUAGAAGAAGAAAUCAACUUUACACGCCA